CUGCCGGGUGCUGAAGGCGCCAUUGGAGGCCGGCUUGGCUUGCGAGCUCCGCUGAGGAGCCGGAGGUUGGCCUGCAGUUGCCUCCGCGUCCGCUCCUGGUCCCUGGCCCCUCGGCGGCAUGGCGUGCGGGGCGACGUUGAAGCGGCCCAUGGAGUUCGAGGCGGCGCUGCUGAGCCCUGGUUCCCCGAAGCGGAGGCGCUGCGCCCCUCUGCCCGGCCCCACUCCGGGCCUCAGGCCCCCGGACGCCGAGCCGCCGCCGCUGCUCCAGACGCAGACCCCACCGCCGACUCUGCAGCAGCCCGCCCCGCCCGGGAGCGAGCGGCGCCUUCCAACACCGGAACAAAUUUUUCAGAACAUAAAACAAGAAUAUAGUCGUUAUCAGAGGUGGAGACAAUUAGAAGUUGUUCUUAAUCAGAGUGAAGCUUGUACUUCGGAAAGUCAGCCUCAUUCUACAGCACUCACAGCACCUAGUUCUCCAGGUACCUCCUGGAUGAAGAAGGACCAGCCCACUUUUACCCUCCGACAAGUUGGAAUAAUAUGUGAGCGUCUCUUAAAAGACUACGAAGAUAAAAUUCGGGAGGAGUAUGAGCAAAUCCUCAAUACCAAACUAGCAGAACAAUAUGAAUCUUUUGUGAAAUUCACACAUGAUCAGAUUAUGCGACGAUAUGGGACAAGGCCAACAAGCUAUGUGUCCUGAAGCUUUCUUGCAUAUCUGGGUACCAGGUUUGACCUCAAGAGAUGGCUGCUGUACACUUUUUGCAACUGGUUUGGUAUCACAUUUCAGCUCCAACUUUGCAUCCUGAGAACACUUAAACGUUUCUGCAGGUCCAUUUUAUACAACUUGAAAGACCUUAAAACUUUCUGGUUGCCACAAGCAUAUCUUUCUUUUCUGCUCAUCCAAUAAACAGCUGUGCCCUACUGUGAUAGAUUUUCCAAACAAAAAUACCUGGAGCAGCAGUUUAGCAAAAUAUGCCCUCACUGGCACUCAGCAAAUGGAGAUUCCCCAAGCACAGUUCUGUAAGAAGUGUGUGUGUGAGUGUGUGUGUGAGUGUGUGUGUGUGUGUGUGUGUAUGUGUGUGUGUAUUUUAAGUUAUUAUUUGUAUUGUGCAAAUUUUUUUGAUCUUGGGGAUUCUGGCUGUGAAUUUGAUGCACGACAAUUAUGGUUAAAAACAUUUGCUUGGUCUACAGAAGAUCAUUAAUGUUUUGUGACCAUAUAAGUUGUAAUGGUGGAUUGUUUUAUGUGUAGGUAUUAUUGUUAAAUACAGGGACUGUUUCCAGGCACAGAAUAUGAAUCAUAAGUUAGGAUGGACAUUAGAUGUGAUUAUGAUGACAUAGCAAAGGUCUGUGGUCCUAGGUCUACAAAUGCGUGGUGAGGAAUUAGGACAAACUGGAGACGGGCCGUUUGACAUGUGGACUCUGCCCAGCCGUGUUGAAAAAUAUUGACUCCAAGCCUUAAAAUACCCACAUGGAGUCUGUGCUCACCUCAUUCACACAGAGAGCUCCCUGGACACUGAACCUCUAAAAAGAAAAAGUCUCCCCUGGAGCAGGAGCAUCAGGGUUUUCUUGGGAGCACGACACAGGUGAGCGCGGGGCUGGGCCAGCCCCUGAUGGCACUGCUACUUGGGAGGAGCCGCUUCGCCUUUGAAUCGGUUAUUACAAACAAUUAGGAUCCUUUGGUCAGGUUCCCCCAAAUUCUUUUUAGGAGGUGACCACGUUCAACUGCUUGAGCUUUGUUUUGGCAACCCCCUGCCCAAAGUUGCUUACAGACUGUUCUUCACCUUGUUCCGAGACCGAGGAACAGAAAGUAGCCUCUGUUUUGAGGAGGUGGAAGUUAAGUAUACAUUUAUUUUUUACUGUGACUUGUUCAGGACCACAUUUUACAAAAUGCCUUGUUUCCUUUAUCAUUGUUUCUGGAAAGGAGAGUUCUAUUAAAAUUGUUUUAGUUUGAAUAUAGAAUAGUUUUAUUAAUUAGGGCUUAUUUUGAAAAAUUCUGAGUUUAAUUCAAAUGUACGCCAGUACCUUCCAAAGUAAGGUAAUAUUCAGAGACAGUCAUUCUGAUCAGAUGGCUUAGAGAAAUUCUGGAAUAUUCAUAUUCGAAGAUUCCUUAUUAAUGAAUGUCUUUGACUUAAAUCUAACCAAAAACUGCAACAUUAUUCUUUGUACAUUUUCAUUAUAUAGUGUUAACAAGCUUAGUUGCAAACAAAUAAAAUACUUAAGCUAUU